CUUUCCCUCACGACACUUCUUCGCUUCCUUAUACAACAGUUUUUGCUCUUAGACUGUGCAAUUUCCCAAUGGUUCGAGUGACAAUUGUCGGGGGCGCGGGCCGUGUCGGCCGUGCAAUCGUGGAAGAACUUGGAGCCCAAGGCAAGCACGAAAUCCAUCUUUGGACCAGACGGGAUCCUUCGGAACAUCAGAUUCCCGGAGUCAAGACUCUUCAAGUAACGGACUACAGCCAUGAAAACCUGGUCAAUAUGCUCCGAGGAACUCAUACCGUCUUGGCUUUCUUCAACCCUAUGAGUGACCCUGGUAGCAACAACCAGAUUGCAUUGAUCGAUGCAGCCGUGGCUGCGGGUGUAACAAGACUCGCACCCAGCGAAUGGGCAGGUAAGGUUCGCUCGGGUAUCCAGAUGUACGAUAUGAAAGAGCCAGUUCUUGACCACCUGGAAAACUUGAACAAAGACAAAAAGGUGAUCGAAUGGGGUCUCUUCCAGCCUGGUCUACUGAUGGAUUACCUUGCCCAUCCGUGCCCUCCUUCGAAGAAUUUCGAUACUUUCCCUCUCUUAUUUGACCUUGAAAAUGCCCGUGCUGUUUUUGUCGAGGACGGUACAUCCCCAGUUGUCUUUACAUCCUCUGCGGAUGUCGCAAAGGUUGUGGCACGUGCUAUCGACUACCCUGAUGCCUGGACCUUUGAUGGUGGGAUUGUUGGCCAGAGAACGUCGUAUAAGGAGAUUGUCGAAACGGCUGAGAGGAUAACCGGCCAAAAGUUUACAAUCUAUUCUCUUCGUCCCGAAGAUCUUGAAAAAGGAGAGUUCAAGUCUCCAUGGAUCCCUGCCUAUGCGCCUGAUCUAUCGGCCGAAAUCAUGAGAGACGUCGUAGUACCUUUUAUUAGCGGCUGGGCUUUGGGCAUUUCUAAAGGGGUUGGGGAUGUGAAGCCGGUUUGGAAUGAGCGGUUCCCCGAUAUCGACUAUGAGACAGUGGAGGAUAUGCUCCGCGGCGCCUGGGGGAGAAUCCAAGCUCAAAGGAAAUCGGGAUGAAGGGCCUGAAAAUAUUCACAAGCAAUUAGCAAUUGCUUUUGACGUUCACUACGCGAAUUAGUGCUAUU